GCGGGCUUUAGUGGACAGUGUGGCAUCCACAGCUUCUGGACGCUCUCGGCGCGUCCGCCUCCGCGCAUUGUUCUCGGGAGCAGUGGCUCCGAGUGCCAGCGGCUCGCCCUAGCCAGGUGCCCGGGGACCCGGGCUCUGUGGAGGUCGUCCCUCUUUACCCCCGGAGAGAAGCAAGAGGAAGGGCGGUCUGUGCCGAUCGCUCUGGCAACUCCCUGCGCCCCAGGGGCCGGUGCGGAUGGAAGGGCUUUGGGAGCCUGGUUCCUGAGAUUACGCUUGCUUGAGGUUGCUCGCUGGGAUUGAGAAAGAGCAGCAGCAGGUCGAGAAAGGCGGAACGAAGAAGCACGCUUGUGUCUCACUGGGGAAGAGCGUCACGCCCCCUCCCCCUAAGAAAAUCCCCCUCCAAAAGGAGCGAGCCAGUGAGCGAGCGAGCGAGCGAGCGCUCACACUGCCGAGAGGGCUGCUGCUGGUGGGAAGGAUUGUCAGUUGCCUCACCUGGUGUUUAAGGAAAACAUGCCUCAGACUCCUCCCUUUGCCGUGAUGUUUGACAGCAAUGGAUAUAACCGGCCCCUGUAUCAGUCUAAAGAAGAUAGCUGUGAAGGAUUGUAUUACCAUGACAACAACUUGCUAUCAGGAUCCCUGGAAGCCCUCAUCCAGCACUUAGUACCCAGUAUAGACUAUUAUCCUGAUAGAACAUAUAUAUUUACCUUUCUACUCAGUUCUCGUUUGUUUAUGCAUCCAUUUGAACUAAUGGCCAAAGUUUGCCAUUUGUGCGUUGAGCACCAGAGGUUAAGUGAUCCCAGCUUGGACAAGAGCCAAAUUCGAAAAAUUGCACCCAAAAUUCUUCAGCUCCUGACGGAAUGGACUGAGACAUUUCCAUAUGAUUUUCGAGAUGAAAGAAUGAUGAGGAAUUUGAAAGACCUCACCCAUCGAAUAGCCAGUGGCGAGGAGACGUACAGGAAGACCGUUCAGCAAAUGAUACAGGGAUUGAUCCGAAAGCUCGCUACUCUCGGCCAGUAUGAGGAGGUCCUUGCAAAAAUUAAUUCCACAUCCACAGAUCGGCUUACAGUUCUCAAGUCCAAACCUCAGUCAAUACAAAGAGAUAUAAUUACCAUCUGCAGUGAUCCUUAUACAUUAGCACAGCAACUGACUCACAUAGAGCUGGAGAGGCUCAAUUAUAUAGGACCAGAAGAAUUUGUCCAGGCGUUUUUGCAGAAGGAUCCUUUGGACAACAACAAGAGUUGUUAUGAUGAGCCAAAAAAGACGCGAAACCUUGAAGCUUACGUGGAAUGGUUUAAUCGACUCAGCUACUUGGUUGCCACUGAAAUCUGCAUGCCUGUGAAAAAGAAGCACCGAGCAAGAAUGAUUGAAUAUUUCAUUGAUGUAGCCCGGGAGUGCUUCAACAUUGGCAACUUUAACUCCUUGAUGGCAAUAAUAUCUGGCAUGAACAUGAGCCCUGUCUCCCGGCUAAAGAAAACCUGGGCCAAAGUGAAGACUGCCAAGUUUGACAUUCUCGAGCAUCAGAUGGACCCUUCGAGCAAUUUUUAUAAUUACCGAACAGCUCUCCGAGCAGCAGCACAAAGGUCUUUGACAGCUCACAGCAGCAGAGAGAAGAUUGUGAUCCCCUUCUUCAGCCUCUUUAUCAAAGAUAUCUACUUCCUCAAUGAGGGCUGUGCGAAUCGCCUUCCAAAUGGUCAUAUUAACUUUGAGAAAUUCUGGGAGCUGGCCAAACAAGUGAGUGAAUUUAUGAUAUGGAAGCAAGUAGAGUGUCCCUUUGAGAGAGAGCGGAAGACGUUGCAGUAUCUGCUCACUGUUCCGGUCUUCAGUGAGGAUGCUCUUUACCUGGCUUCCUAUGAAAGCGAAGGCCCAGAAAACAACACAGAAAAGGACAGAUGGAAGUCUCUAAGGUCCAACUUCUUAGGCAGAGCUUAAUGUGAGAGAUGCUGAUAUCCACUGCUGUAGCUAACACCAUCACUGCUGCGUAUUAGCUCCUUCGGGUACACAUCACAUCAUCAUUGCUGUUUUCGGCAUCCAGUGGUAGGAAAGUGAUGGGUAUCCUGAACCCAGCAGAUGGAAGGAGGACCUAUGUGAAUCAAGAAAGCAAAUUCAUUUGAGAACAAAGAGAGAAUGGACUUCUUGCAGAUGACAGAUUGAGUUAUCAUGUGUGAGACUCAUACACAGACUGAGGGCAGCUUUGAUAGAAUCUUCUCAAACUGUUGGAAUUGCCAUGUGAUUCAUCUUUCUUGGACUCUUUGUGGGAAUGAGUCACUGUACUAAAAGAGAGAGAGAGAGAGAGAGAGAGAGAGAGAGAGAGAGAGAGAGAGUGUCUAUGUCUACAUGCACCCUUUUGAAUUAUUUGGAUUGAAGAUUUGCUGCUAAUGAGACAUGCCAAGGCUCAAUGCUGACUCAUAGAAAGUUAUUCACUUAAGAAAGAAAGAAAGAAAGGAAGGACAAAACCUCCAGCUAGAAGACCAUGCUCAAUAAUCCGAGAAGCUUGGCUUAAUCAAUAUUGACAGAGAAAGACUGGGCCAAUGCUGUCUACUGAGUUUAUUUCAGUUGGGUGUAUGAUGUGCUGUGUUUUUUGUGGGUUUCCCCCAUCCCAUAAGGUAUUGAGUUGGCUGCUGGUUAGCAAACUCAUUUUUACUAAUAUAAAUUAUUUAAAAUAAUAAUGAAGUUUAAUACUGUGGCAUGGAAGAUGGCCACUAGAAAACUAUCAUUUGAAGCUGGACUAUUUGAUGUACUAGAAGGUAGUUUUAUUUUCUUCUGAGCUGAUUACAGAUCACCACUAUGUUCUACAUUAUUUCUUCAAUAGUCUUUUGUUAAUCAUAAUUUUCCAUGACAGCUAUUUCUUUUCCUGUGUAAGUUCAAACAAUUUUACUUUUCUGAAAGAUUCUCCUGGAGUACCCAAUACAUCUAAAAUACAUAUUA